AUGGUGAGAAUGACCUUAGCAGAAGUAAUAGACGCACAUGUGGAUCCAGAACACCCUGACAUUACAUCAUCUUGUUCUCCAAAAGCUCUCAGCUUGUCGAGGGUCAGAGAGGAAAGGAUCGACACAGCCUCUUACUCGUUGAUGCAACAGAAUGUUCUGCCGAAGAACAUGCGGAAACCAUGGAGCAACUGCUCCGCCGCCAUUGAUCUAACAAAAGAAAAGAGAAACACGAAUAAAUAUGAAGUCAAGAACUCCAGUGGAAUGUCGGAAGUACCAAUGUUACCUCCUGCUUCGUCACCAGGAGGAUGGGAAGGGAUCGUGGAUUUGGAGGAAGCUGUUAAAGUUGAGACCCAUAGCAGCUCAGUUUAUCAGAUUCGAAUGGGUACUUAUUAUCUUGGGGUGAGGCGUAGCGCCAGAGUAAAUGAUGCAGUAGCUCAAGGACACUGUCGCAUACGGGGGCAGCGAAGUAGACAUUAUCAGGAGCUCUAUGGUCGUAUCCAACAAGAAUGUGUUCCUCAGGAUGAGUAUGGGAGUGAUGUAGCGUUGUGGAAGCAUUCGGAGGAUAAUUACAAGCCGUACUUCUCCUCACCUAAUACUUGGGACCAAAUCCGGGAGAGUAAAGCUAAAGUAAGUUGGAGUAAGAGUGCAUGGUUUACUCAAGGAGUACCUCGAUAUUCUUUCAUCGUCUGGCUUGCAGUAAAAAACAGGCUAUCGACGGGUGAUCGUAUGAGGGCUUGGGCCAUUCAGCAGAGCUGUCUAUUCUGCGGGGAGAGAGACGAGACUAGAGAGCAUCUCUUUUUUGCUUGUCCUUACACUUACAUUGUGUGGAACAAGCUCGCAGGUUGUCUUUGCAAUGGUAGUACAGAUCCAGAUUGGGCUCUCACUCUGCAGUAUGUCACCCGCAACACGCUUCAAGGUAUGGACAAGAUUCUUAUUAAAAUGCUGUUCCAGACUUGCAUCUACUACUUGUGGAAGGAGAGAAAUGAGAGGCGGCACCAGAAAGGUUUUCGCAGUAUGGAUCAGACUAUCCGGCUCAUUGACAAGGCCUUGCGCAACAGAAUCAGUUCUUUGCGGUAUAAGGGGGAUCAUAAGUUGGCAGGAAUAAUGCAGCGCUGGUUUGAAGUGUUUACUCACACAUAG